AUGAAAUCGUUCUUCACCAUCGCAAGUGCUCUAAUCUUUUUCCACUCUUAUUCAUUCGUUGAUGCCGAGUCGUCGGGAUCUCUCAAGCCGGGAUCUUUGGGAAAGACCGGCCCAUCUAAGAUCUUUCCGUUCAAGAAGUACGAGGAAUUUCAGAUCUCGGAUGGAAUAGCCGGGCAUUCGUUGGAGAAAGCCCGCAAAGUAUUCGUCGAACCCUUCAAUGGUGUCGACUUGAGUGAAAUCACCCAGAACGAUUUGAACAACUUGAUCACAAUGGCGCGAGCUGCAACAGACAAUGAGCUGCAUUUCAACGAAGCCAUAAAAAAAGUUGGCGCGACCAAAAGGCAUCCCAAUGUACCUUUGUCUGCUGGCAAAACAGCCAAUAAAAUCCUCAAAUUAGUCGGUUCAAUACAAGUUAUUGAGAUACACAACAAGCUCAACCUCAAGCAAGGGAGUCCUGAAGGUAAACUGAAGGAACUUAAAGAUAAGCUUCAAAAAAACAUCAAGUUGGACCAUCACUACGCCGGGAAAAAAAUGGUCUCAUAUCUUUCUGUUGGUCAGACUAGUGGAGGAAACACGAAGAAUGAUCGAGGUGGUCAUAGUGGACACUGA